CCUCUCGUCUUCUUCCUUGUCUUUCUUCGUCUUUCGUCUUGAUAUCCAAUCUCGAACGUAUUAUUUUGUUAUCUCGCUUAGUAAUAAUAUUAUAUAAUCAUCACCUGACAUUUGCCAAGACCACAAAAAGCUUAGCGCGAUGGCUUGCUUACAUAAGUCAGAAGCUCCAUACGCGACUUUUUUCAAACGUCAAAGGCAACAAACGAGUCGAAAGUGACGGCGGCGCGAGAAGAAGAAGAAGCAGAUGCUGAAUCAGAGACGCUGCACUUCUUUAUAUUGAUCAAAGGCCAUGCUACUGUGUUGCUACUCUUAGCUCUCUUUCUCUCCCGCCGCCUUUGAACGCUCGACGCCUGCCUCCUCCGUUCCUCCAAGGAGGCCUCUGCUCCGACCCAGUCUUCCAAGUUGCUACAUCUCUCACAAGCCCACAUCACGGAGCUCACUUGAGUCGAUACUGUCUGCAAUAUCCCAAUAUCCCACGUUCUUCUUCCUUCGAUACGCAAUCGUACACACCAGUCGUCAUCAUGGCAGUGGAAUACAGCAAGAAGACCAACGCCGAGUUGGUUGAGAUUCUCAAGUCGCGCGGCCUCAGUCACACCGGGAAGAAGGCAGAUAUGGUUGCGCGGCUCCAGGAAGCAGAUAAAGCUGCUGCUGCUGCUGCUCCCGCACCGGCUCCAGCUCCACCUGCGGCUGAAGACGUUAUCGAUUGGGACGACGAUACCGAGGCCGCUCCUGCAGCUACCAAACCAGCCCCAGCGGCUCCAGCAGCGGCCACAGAGCAAAAGCCCGUCACCGACCCUGCUACGGCGCAAAAGGCGAAAGCUGCGAAGCCAGAAGAGAAGACCGAAGCUGCCACUGCAACAACGACUUCAGCUGCCACUGCCGAAACCGGUGCGGCGAAAGCAAAGCCUACCGAUGAACAACAAGCGACAAACGGCGCCAAUAAGAAAGCUGCUACCGAAGAGAAGAAGGGCACAGAGAAGCAUGCCGUUGAUUACAGCAGAGGCCUUGCAACCACGGACCCCGAUGCUGAACUUGCGAAGCGCAAAGCCCGUGCUGCGAAGUUUGGAGCUGUCGAAGAACCUGUUGCGACGGAGGCUGAAAAGGCACUUGCGAGGGCCAAGAGGUUCGGUCCCGUGAGCGAUGAGCCAGCCAAAAUAAAAGGAUUGGACGAAGCUUUGCCCACCCGGAAGCGAGGACGGGGUGAUGAUGGAGACAGCGGCUGGGGAAAGCGUAGACACUUCCACGGACGGGGAAGAGGGAGAGGCCCACGCAGGGGCGGCCGCAACGAGGCUGGCAACAGCAAAAACAACAGCAAAGAGAAGUUUAGUGAGGCAGACCGUAUUGCGAUGGAGAAGAGAAAGGAGCGUUUUGCUGCCAAAUAAACAGGAAGUGUUUUGGCUCUUCGGUCUCUUCAUCUAUCUCUGCGCCUCGUCCAACCGACCAUCGUUCGUUUGCUUCGUACACUAUGAGUUGUCGACCAUCACUGCGCCCGGGGCUAUUUUCCUACCUCUCUUUCGCACUCCCCCCCAAAGAAAAACACUCCUUUUCUUGCUAUAUGACCGGUAUCGCUUUUACUAUUUUCUCUUCGUGUGUGUCUUUCAAUAUCUACCUGGCUCAGGAGUUUGUCCCGGAAUGAAGUCUGAUCUUUCACAUUUUCCUCUUAUUUUCUACUAUUUUCUUGCGUAUGGUAUUGAUAUGUAUAUCAAAACGAAAAUAUCAAAUCAAAUUUCAUCUCUCGAAGAUUGGACAAGCGAAGUCUCCAUCCAGUGCAACAGGAAAGGGGGGUUGAAUAUCAUGAGGUGAUCAAAAAAAAUAAGUAGCCGGCGAUGUACAUCUACAAACAGCAGCAAAACGAAGAUCAUCUACAGCGU